GAUAGUGCUUCAGAAUUAUAAAAGUGUGUGCACUAUAUAUAAGCGUCUUUAAUGGCUUGUGUGCUGCAUAAGUAAUCAACAUUACUCUAAUACUACUGUAACUAUCAGGAUUAGAAAAUUACUUUAUCAAACGAUGAUUUUGAUAGUAAAGCUAGUGGAACCUUAUGAUUUAUAUAGAAAUUAUCUAUCUUGUUGCUUGCUGUAAGAAUUUCUAAAAAAAAAUCAUUGUUACAAGAAUCAGAUAUCACAAAAAAAAAAUACAGGAACUUGUUACUCUGUAAUUCUUAUCAAUAUGUUUUUUUCAAGAUUCUAUAAAAUAUUUUUUAUAAGUUAAUAUUGUUUUAAGGUUCGAAUUUUCUAAGAAUAAGGGGGCUAUUGCAUUCGCCCCGGCGGCAUGCGUGUUGGUUAAAGUUUUUAUGAAGUCAAAUAUAUUCUACAUUACUUCCAAUAUUCAACUGAAACUUGCUGUACUUGCUAACAGUUGCAAUGUGUUCAUUAGUGUGACAAGUUGUUUAACACUACCUGCUGCCCCGUAUUACCUUAGACAUUUAGGUUAAAGUUUUUAAAAAGCCCAGUGUCUUUUUCUUUACUUAAAAAGAAGUAUAACUCAAGAAAUACUGCAGAUAGAGUUACGCAUCUGGUUAUAUUAAUGUACAUUGUCACUCUGACCAAGUACGGCACGUUCCAGUUGAUUAUUUGAAGUAACGAAGAAGCCAUAAAAAGUACAGUACUGUGUUUUAACCAGUGCAGAUGCUACCUUAAAACUUCACAGUCAUCUUACAGAUAAUAACAGAAGAUUACAGCAUCAAGUCCCAUAACUCUGAUACGAAUUUUAACAAAACUAUCUCCCUUCUUGGACUUAGAAAAUCGACUCGGUCGAAGUUUUGCAUACAAAUUGCUUUAUCCAAAGUCGAUGCAGAAAUUGUAUUUCAACUUUAUGCAAGUUAUAAAACAUAGAUAAAACAUGGUAAAAUUGACAGAGUUAUGCCCCUUUUUGAAUUUCGAAAAUGCAAGUUAAAGUUUUGCAUGAAAAGUACUACAUAUGUCUCUAAAACUAUUAAAUACAGAUACUUGGUAGAAAUUUCACACAGAUGUUGGUUGCAUUUGAACAAGUUUACAGUAUCAAGUGCCAUUACUCUUGCAUGAAUUUGGACAAUAUACCUAUUCUAAGACAGAAAAUCAAUUUGAGCCGUGCCAUGAGAAAACCAACAUAGUGGGUUUGCGACCAGCAUGGAUCCAGACCAGCCUGCGCAUCCGCGCAGUCUGGUCAGGAUCCAUACUGUUCGCUUUCAAAGCCUAUUGGAAUUAGAGAAACUGUUAGCGAACAGCAUGGAUCCUGACCAGACUGCGCGGAUGCGCAGGCUGGUCUGGAUCCAUGCUGGUCGCAAACCCAAUAUGUUGGUUUUCUCAUGGCACGGCUCAUUUUAUUUUCAGUCCUUCGAACGGUGGAGCGUGCUGUCAUGAGACAGACCUUGUUAAAUUCGUUUUUUGAAUGGCUGAAAUGUACAAAGGAAAAACAUCAAAAUGGAUUUUUGAUAAUUGAUUCAAAACUAUUUGACAUAGUGUGAAAGCUAAAAAGUUCAAAUACAAAUUAAUGUAAUAAAGCACUGUAACAGAAAAGGCAGAUGGACAUAGUAAUUCAAUCUUUAAGAAAGGUUGUGUUUUGAAUAGGCAAAAGUUAAAAAACCAAGAAUUGACCUCUAUAGACGCAUUGAUUUACUAUUCGGUCAUUUUCAUCGUGAUCAUUCUUGUCAAAUUUACCUUCCGCCAUUAAAUUCUGACAGUACGAAAAACAUUUAUAAGGAUUUAUUCGUUCACAAUCAUAUAAAAUGUUAAGAUUUAUGAUAAUGAUAAGAGAAUCAAUAAUUAUCGUAACGAGCUCGAUAUUUUCUGUUGUCAUUAAUGACAAAAAUCGCCAGCCGGCGUAAAUGGCUUAUAACUAUAGAAAUAUUUCAAAUUGUUUUAAAACAUUUCAAAAUUGAUAAUCGUGCUGCAGCGUCAGCUCAUGAUUUAGUACAUAUAUGAUGAAAAACUGAAUAUGUAUAUCUGUAUUUAAAUAUUUAUUGUUAUUUGUAUAUAGUAGUGUGGUAGUUUGUAUAAAUUAUGCUACACAUUUGUAUAUAAAAAUAUACUUGUUUAUUAUGACACUAUUAGAUAAGUAGAAACCUGGUCAAUAGUGAAUUCUUUUUAUCUGCCUCUACUGAACCAUUAGUUGUAUAACAAAGAGCUAAUUCUUUUAAAUGGUAAGCAAUGUUAUAUCGAAUGUCGCCCUUUGAAUGAAGUAUAAUGUAGUGGAAAUGCCAUACCUUGACAACUUAAAAAGUGAACGGUAUUAAGCGAUAAAAUAAUAUAACGAUUUUAGCGUAAAUUCUUUGAGUCUGUCGGAUUAAAUGUUUAAAAGAUGGAAAAGUGUCCACUUUGUUUUGGAACAUUCCAAAAACCAAAGAUUUUACCAUGUUUGGAUUCCAUGUGUUUUGCAUGCUUGGAUGAGUACGUGAUUAAGAAUAAACGCAGCACGGGAACGUUUCCAUGUCCUGUUUGCAAUAUCGAGCUACCCGUGCCAGACGGAGGAAUUACAAACUUUGAUGACAAUCAACAUAUCAGAGGAGAGCAAAUGCUUGAGACUGUUGCUAACGUGAAACCACCGUGUGAGGUUUGUGAUGAAAAGCAAGACGCUGCACAGCGAUGUAUAGACUGUGAACAGAACUUCUGUAACCACUGUAGUAAAGCGCAUCUCCGUCUUACUAUCGCAAAGACCCACACCCUUGUCAACUUGGACGGUGCGGAAGGCAGACGAUAUCUCGUUUCAACAGGUUACUGUGACAAGCACAAGAACGAGGAGUUGACAUUCUACUGUCGCACGUGCCAGAUACCUGUUUGUAUGAGGUGUCGUCUGACGGUGCACGAGGAUCAUACAACGGAAGAUCUCGUUGAUUUUGCAGUGCGAACGAGAAAGGAUUUGAAAGUCGCCUUGGACGAAAAUAAAGGUUACCGAUUCAAUAUGCUAAACGAAAUCGAAGAACUUCGCGUUUACAAAGAAAAAAUGGCAGAGAAGAAAAACAUCACAAAGAAAUCUAUUAUGCAGAGACGACAGCAAUUUCAUAAAGCUAUUGACAAUGUUUGCGACGAUAUGUUAGAAAGGCUUGAAACGAAAGUAUCAGAAGAACAACAAAUUGUGGACGAAGACAAGGACCUGAUUGAACAAAAUAUGCUGACCCUCUCUCAUAAAAUUGCAACAGCAAACCAGAUGGUGGAUUUUGGAUCGGAUAUAGAAGUUGUGAGAAAUCGUUUUGAUAUUCUUGGUAGUUUGGCCUUGGCAAAGAAAGAUGUUCCGCUAAGUAUGACUGGCAUUAAGUUAAACGUAGACUUUGCGUGCCAGAAACAGGCUGAAUUGAGCUUGAAAUACCUAAUUGGUCGUCUGUCAACAGACAUUGUGCCACCGACAUAUAUAUGUGUGUCUGAAGUGUCGACAUUUCGUGUAGAGAACACAUCAGAUGUCAUAAACUCCAUUUGUCCCUCACCAGACGGUAACUGCUGGAUUGCGUGCGGAUGGAAAUCUGAAAUCAUACUGUUUGACCGAUUUGGAAAAAGGACCAGGAUGAAGAAAGUUGGUCGAGAUGUUGACUGCCUUUCCAUCGAUACUGACGGAAACUCGUACGUUUCAUGCCGAGACGAACAUUCGGUUAAACGUUUUGACAGGAACUUCCGGCGUAGAAUGGCGACAUUGAACAUAGAAUGUCCACGGGGUAUAGCGACCACUAACGAUAAUAAGCUGGUAAUAUGUGUAAAUAAUACAACCACUUACUUUGAUUAUGAACCAAGUCACCAAAACAAAGUUCUAAAACUUGGACCGGACGGGGAUGAAUCUAAAGAACUCAAAAACCCAUCGCUGUAUUUCAUGUAUCCGAUACGAGUAGCAGUAAAUAUUAACGAUGAGUUGUGCGUUUCGGAUAAUUUGAAACAUGCGGUAAUGUUUCUACGUCCAAACGGAGAACUGAAAUCGAUGUAUGCCGGAAAUACAAAAACAAGUGAAAUAGUUUUAGUGAAAUCUCCAACUAGAACUAACUUGACAACAGCCAAAACUGCGACGUCAACGCCCCGCCCUGGAGCAGUAAGUUUCAAGUUACCAGAGAGCAGAAAAGAGCAAGAUGGACCAUUGGAAGGAACACCAAAAUCAAUUAUGGACAGAGCUCAUACACCUGUCAACAGCCCAAAGACGGUUCAGGCAUCGGAGAAAGCACUGGCACCGAUCAAUCUAAGUUACGAGAGCACUUUUGAUUCCAGCGUAACAUUGGAGAGUUCCUCCAAACAAAUCGUAAGCCCAGAGAAGCAAGUGCCGGCAUACGUAAAGGCGCUGACAGGAAUGACCGGUGGUACGGAUUCGGCAAGUGUAACAGAUGUGGACUCCGAAAACGAAUUCAUCCAGUACAUGCCUCCAUUUGAUCCAAGGGGAAUAACUUGCGAUAAAUACGGUCAUGUUAUUGUAGCUGACUAUAGUAGCAAUAUGAUUCAUCUGUUGGACAAACACGGUCGAUUUCUAAUGUACCUGUUGACGGAGAAUGAUGGUAUAUUUGGACCUACCUCAGUUGCUGUUGAUAACUCCGGCUUACUCUGGGUAGGGGGCGGCGAUGCUACGGUCAAAAUUUACAGAUAUAUUAACUUAGAAGAAGCAGGUUAUUAAAUUAUUCAAAAGAAAUGAUAAAUAAUUUUGUGAUAUUUUAUGUUUGCUCCAUGAAAGUUUAUUGGUUAACAUGGAAACCUUCUAAUAUGGUAUAACGGACUUGCUUCGUUUUACGAUUUACGCGUAGAUUUCUACUGUUUUUGCUAGCAGUUUGGCACUAACAUUUUAAGAUAUACUUCAAUAUAUUGACAGUUUAGAGGAAUGUGUUGACUAACAGGAGUGGCGCUCGGUCAAAAUGUGGUAUUUAUUUACGUGUUGUACUAUGUAGACUUUUUCGUGCAUAUAACCACAUGUUUAUAGAAUAAAAAAUAAUGAACUGGAAAAAGAAAAAAAUAAGAUCAAGUGGGAAAUAA